AGGGUAAAGUAAAAAACCAGAAUUGAGGCAAACCGGUAAACGAUGUCAACGCCGUCGCCGCCGCCGCAACGUAUCGGCUUGCCAUGGCCGGAGCUCAACGUUGGUUUGGCAUACAAGGAUGUCAUCUCUUCUUCUGAUUCAGAGUUAACGACGGUGUCAGAUUUCUACUUCACGAAAUACAAGAGUUCAGCUCCAUUGCUAGGGUGGAUUCAACGAAUCCAAAACGGACAGAUACAAAUUGACGGUGAAGUUGUUAAAGAUCCCAACACACUUCUUAGGAGUGGUUCCAAGUUAGUUUACCAUAGGCUUCCUUGGAAGGAACCUGACACGCCAUACUCGCUACAAGUUUUGUAUGAAGAUGAUGAUUUGAUCGCUUUAAACAAGCCUUCUGGACUUCAAGUAUUGCCCGGAGGACUUUUCCAGCAACGGACUGUGUUGACGCAGCUGCAGUGGUGUUUCCGUAAAAAUGAUUCUUACACUGGAUCGCGUGAAUCACCACACCCUGUCCCUGUGCAUCGACUGGGUAGAGGAACUUCAGGUAUACUUCUCUGUGCGAAGACAAAGCUUGCAAAAACGAAACUUGCUGCGUAUUUUGCUGAGGGAACAUCUCUUGUCGGGUCCGGCAACCUAGAGCAAGAGUGUGGAAAAGGAAGAAAACUAUCAAAGAUAUAUCGAGCACUAGCAGAUGGUAUAGUUGAAGAAGACGAGGUAGUAAUCAAACAGCCUUUAGGAGUGGUUCGAUAUCCUGGGGUCGCAAAAGGAUUAUAUGUUGCUUCUCCAGAAGGCAAACCUGCUUUCAGCAAAGUAGCUGUUCUGGAGAGGGACAAGCAAAAAAAUUGCACGCUGGUUAAGGUAGAGAUACAAUCUGGAAGACCACAUCAAAUCCGGAUUCAUCUUGCAUACAUGGGACAUCCCUUGUUAGGGGACCCUCUGUAUGUAGCGGGCGGCCAACCAAAGUGCUUUGAUCCAGAUCUUGUAGAUGAUGAUGCAGCCUUUGCCGAAGAUGGGGGUUACAGAAGGCCAAAUCAGGCUGUUCCUGGGGAUUGUGGAUAUCAUCUGCAUGCUCAUCAAGUAGAGCUACCAAACCUGUUGAACACUCAUAAGGUAGUCAAAAUCGUGGCACCUCUACCACCAAUCCUCCAAACAAGUUCUGAGACAGAAGAAAAGGGUUUAUCCUCCUGCAAGUGAAGUUGCAUUAGUCUUUCUUUCACUGUACAACAUUAGACAUGCUUGUUCAUCAAGUGUUAUCCUUCUUGAAAAACAUACAGAGAGCUAAGCUUAGCUCUUAGCUCUCUCUGUUAUUAUCAGCAACAUUACAGAUACAAACAUCAGCUAUGAAUUUUCUGCAGGCCCCUAA